CAGGCGGUCAACAUUAAAGGAAGCUCAACCCAACCAACGACACGACAUGCCCACUGAAGCCCACACACACUUCCUCGCCGUGGGGGUGAUGGCCGCCAUGCUGCUGUGUGCCUCAGGAGCCCCGCUUAGAGACACACCCACCGCGCUUCCGUCAGGUGAGGAGGAGAUGGAAACCUCAGACCUGAUCAGCGCAUCCCCCAUUUGGGACUCGGUCAUCAACGCAGCAAAACAACACCAGAAAGCCUUUGAUGAUGAAUUCCAAAAUCAGGUCUCGUAUCAUGUCCUGGAGAACCACAAAGUAUCCUCGCUGCCAGCAAAAUGCCCCAUCUCUAACUUCAGCAAGGAGGCCUGCUUUCAUAGGUUGGCCCAAGGUUUGUCCUUUUACACAAGUCUGCUGAAACACGUGGAGAAGGACUAUCCCAGCAGUUCCAUCCUGUCUGAGGCCAAACGCAACACUGUGCUCGCCCUCAGUGUCAUCAGACAAAAGAUGAAGAAGCCAGAACAGGUGAGCGGUCUGAGCAGCAGCGAGGAGCAGAGCCUGCUGGGCCCGCUGGACAUCUCAGAUACCUUCCACAGGAAGAUGACGGCCCACAGCAUCCUGCGGCAGCUCUACAUCUUCCUGGUGGACGGCAAGCGGGCGCUGAGCCGCAGAGAGCGGCACAAGGGGAGACCGGCCAGAAACGGCGUCACGUCCAUGCUUGCCUAAACACGUAGGAAAGUUGUGCAAAACAAACAAAAAAAAACGAUCGAAUUAGGGAAGUUGCUGCUUUCGUAAUUCAUUCACUGAAUGACGCACUAAGACAGAAGUAUUUAUUCUAAGGAAAAUUAUUUAUUGCUCACAUAUGUGGGAUAACAUGCCUUAUUUAUUACAAUUAUUGUAUUUAUUUUGAAGACCUAUUUUCUACUUGACUGUAUUUAUGCAUAUUUAUUUAAAACCU